AUGAAGGAGAAGAUCGAGAGAGCUUACAACAGGUUUGUAAGAAGCCUGGACGGGGGAAUAAGAUCAAGAGGAGGAGCAUCCAUAGUUGAAAACGUUGAAGAACUGGAGAAUCUGCUUGAGGAGCUGAUCUUCCAGCUGGAAGACGUCGAGCUGUGA